UUGUGAUAAACGUCAAUGAAACACUAAAACAAGAAGAAGAAGCAGCAGCGCUAAGCUAGCUCCAUCUCCACAUUUUCCCGCCUCAGCAGGGCUCUGUCGCUUCGCGCAAGACGUCGCAUGAAUCUAAACUUCGGACGGAGAGAUCGACGCAACCAGGAAAUGGAUUCUUCUCUGACUGCGUAUCUGCUCCUGCUGUCUGUGGUCUUCAUGCAGUUUGUCUCUGCUACAGAAGAGAUCAACAUCAAAGCUACCACUGGAGCGGAGGUCACUAUGCCUUGCAGCGACCCUGACGAUAACCCCAUCGAGGUCGUAGAGUGGAGCAAAUCUGGCCUGGGGGCAAAAUUUGUCCUCCUGUUCAAAGACGGGAAGAUGGAUCUAAAUAAGCAGCAUCCAGAUUUUAAGGACCGGGUGGAACUGUUGGACUACAAGAUGAAGGGUGGAGACGUGUCUUUGGUUCUGAAGAAAGUGCAGAUCAACGAUACGGGAGAAUAUGAGUGUCGAGUCAUCCAGAAGGUCGACGGGGAGGAACUCAGGAUGAAGAUCUACCUGGAUGUAGUAGGUGAGUGUUGAGUCACUAAAACAAAC